UUGUUGUCGAGUGAGUGAUAUUUAAAUUGCAUUCAACAUUAUAUGUGACGCCAAUUGCAAAACAGGCGAACCGUUUGCAAAGGCCGCGAACCCGAAGACAGAUCCAUCACCAGAAAGAAGCGGUGAUAAAAUUGUGAUUCAAUUUGAAAGAUACUUAUAUUGAGUAAGUGAAUCCAAUGGCCGGCUAUGACUCCGACCGGUUUGUGGGUCUGACCCAAGAAGAUGAGCACGAGUUGUCGUGUGCUAUCUGUAAGAAUAUUCUUCUGGAGCCGAGAGUUAUCCAGUGUUGUCAACAGACUUUUUGCAAUCAUUGCAUCACUGAGUGGUUUAAACGAAGUCCACUUUGUCCCGUUUGUCGACACCAGAUGAGGGGCAAUGCGUCCGCACGCCUGUCACGCCCGUCUCUAAUAUUGAAUAAUCGAUUGAAGAAGUUGCGAAUCGUUUGUAAUCACAAGGAGAGAGGCUGUCAAGAAGUGCUGACAUUGGAUCGGUUGGGGUCGCACUCGCGCUCGUGUCCGCAUAGAGACGGUGUUUGUCAGGAGUGUUGGAAAAGCCAAUGCGUCCGAAAGUCCGCUCGUAAUUGCGUUACAGCACUGAUCGAUGAGAACCGGACACUCUCUGCACAGGCAAGUGAUUUAGUAAACACCAGUGCCUUCGCCAGCGCUCAACACUAUUUAUUUACCAGAAAUGAGAGGAGAGGACAAAACCAAAGGCAAGGCAACAACAAUGCGGGCAAUCCGGAGAUCAUCGCUUCAAAUUUGACACAAGAACAGAGACAACAAGUGGUAGCAAUUGUGGCGCGCGUUCGCAGCGGUUAUUCUGUGGCCACAAUGAGACGGGAUGUAAUUAAGGAGUUGAACCGAGUGUUGGGCGCCGGAUGGAAGUGUUGUAUAUAUUUUAAGAGUACCAACACUUCCCGACGCAACACUUCGUGGAUAAAGUUAAAGUACGGCCACUUAGUAUACUUCAUUUACCGUCCAAUUCAAUUGCAACAACACUUAUAA